ACACCCACCUGGCUGUCCCUUUUCCUCAGGGAGCGUGCGGGACCCUCGGGCUCUCACCCCUCCCCCACACCGGCGAGCUGGAGGGUUUGGGGACGUGCAGUGCACGGGCGCUUACGCUUCUAAGCAGCGCCUUCGGUGCGAGCGGGCUGCUGUUGGUGGGAAUUGCUGUGAGCACUGACUACUGGCUCUACCUGGAGGAGGGGCUUGUCUCCCAACAUAAUCAAAGCACUGAGAUCACCAUGGCUCUCCACUCCGGCCUCUGGAGGGUCUGCUUCGUCGCUGGCCGGGAGAAUGGUCGAUGUGUGGCGACAGAAUAUUUCCUGGAGCCUGAAGUUGAGAUUACAACAGAGAACACGGCCAAUAUUCUCAAGAUGAUUCAGACUGCCACCCCUUUUCCGAUGGUGAGUCUCCUCUUUGUCUUCACCGCCUUCAUCAUCAGUAACAUUGGACACAUCCGUCCCCAGCGGACCAUCCUGGCCUUCGUCUCGGGAAUAUUCUUCAUUCUCUCUGGUCUGAGCCUGGUGGUGGGUCUGGUCCUCUACAUCUCCAGCAUCAAUGAUGAGGUGAUGAACCGCCCCAGGGAGCCGGAGCUACACUUCCGCUACCGGGCGCUGGAGUGCUUUCAGUCUAUCUGUUCAUGAAACGCUACGCAGAAGAGGAGAUGUACCGGCCACAUCCCGCCCUCUAUCGCCCGCGGCUGAGUGACUCGUCGGACCACUCAGCCCAGUUUCUACACCCC